GUUUGGUGCAGAUCCAGUCAAGUCCCGUGCAGAUCCGAUGUCGUGUCCAGUUGUCACAUCUGCCCCAGAGCAUGUGAACCACAUCCGUGCAGUGGUCGAGCCCCAUUUUGAAGACAUCAUCCUCGACUCAGGUGCGGACAUCAGUGCUCUUCCUGAUUCUUAUGCGUCCGUUGGAGAAGCCACAGAGUCUCCUGCCCAGAAGUUCGUCGAUGCAUCUGGUAGGCUGCUGAAGUCCAAAGGCGUUCGCAUCGCCGAAGUGCAGAUUGGUGCCUUAAGGUUCAAGGAGAGAUUCUUGGUCGGAGGGGUCACUUGCCCAUUUCUUUCGCUUGGGAAGCUUUACAAAGCUGGGUUCUAUGUGGUUCCCUCUGCAAGCAGCCCUGGCGGCUUCAUCUUGACCGACGGCAGUUUGCAAGAGCCAGUCAAGUUGGAAAGACAGUCCUUGUGUGAUCCCUUGCUUCGGCUGGAUGCCUCAGGUUGGCAGCGCACAGGUCACAGGCAGUGUGCGCUGCUGAGCUUCGGCGAUGCCUUCGUCGACACCACGUUGAUUCCUUUGUCCGAGCUCAUGUGGUUCCGAACCACUUUGGUUUGCCGAGGCGGGGGCGGCGGGGAAUGGUCCCUGCUGGAGUUUGCUGAGGAUGUUUCGUCUAUGUCAGAUCGCGCCAAGACGUUUGAUCACCAAGACGUGGAACAAGUGAUCACAAUUGCGCAUGAUGAUAGGACUUUGAGUCCUGCCCAGCUUGGCUCUGCAACUCCUGUUGAUGAGCCUUCUCCUGCACCCGAAGCCUCCGGUGUUUCGCCCGCUCAGGCCUCUCCUGUGCCCGUGGAUGAAUCGUCUGGCGUGCCGCCUCCUGAGGCAGAUGAUGGCAGUGGCAUUGGUGAUGAUCCGUUGCAGCCCUCCAACCAAGCAGCACCAGUCGCCCCUGAAGGUGGCGAGGCUCCUCCUGCCGAGCGUGAAGCCAUUGAAACAGAAACAGUUAGCGGUGAGGCAACGAGCGCAACUCUUCAUUGCGGGUCAUGCGUGCUGCGCUUGUUUCCCUUGGGCUUGGCAAGAAUGGCUCCAAAAGCCAGUGCUGGGACAGAUUGGUUCGGCACAUCCGUGAAGCCGAGCUGCUCCACCCUCCGUGCCGAGACAAGCCGUCCUCCUUCGGCGCCUCCCAUUGCACAGGUGCCUUCCGAUGCAGACCGGGCCCAGCAUGCUUUGACGCAUGAGCCAUAUGCUCCAUGGUGCGACACAUGUGUUCGUUUCCGGGGUCGCCAGGACCAGCAUGCUACAGAGGCCUCGCAUGGUGAUGGAUCCCGAUCCGUCCUGUCUUUCGACUUUGGCUACUGCUCUCGCGAAGCCCCCGAUGAUGGUAAAGAAGCCCGUGACCGACUCACGGUGUUGUUUCUUCAUGACAGGCGUACGAAAGCGGUUCAUGCCAUACCUACUUUGCAGAAAGCAGGGAGCUCCUUGACCCAUCUUGUGACUGAAGCAGCAAGGUUUGCAGUUUGGACCGGGCAUCGCUCUUUGGGCUUUAGGUGUGACAACGAGCCCGCCAUUCUGGCCUUUCAGACCGGACUGUUGAAGGCUUUGCGAAAUUUAGGCCUGGAUGUGUCUCGUGACAAUUCUCCGAUUGAAUCACAUCAAUCCAAUGGUCCUGUCGAGCAAGUUGUGUGCAGUGUGCGCCAGCAUGCUGCUGCCUUGAUGCAUGAUUUGCAAAAGGCCUGUGGAGCCACUGAUGGUCAGGUGCUCUUUUCGCCUCAGCACCCUAUCUACGGGUGGUCGCUGUGCCACGCCUGCUGGCUUCGCAACCGCUACACGCCCAUGCAUGGCGUCACUCCGUAUGAAGCUGUGACUGAUUCGACUUACAGCGGCACCAUUUGCAGGUUUGGUGAAAAGGUGCUAGGCUACCUGAAGCCUGAUGGAAAGUCGUCUGCCCGCUGGCGACAUGGUCUUUGGCUUGGCAAGGCUGUUGGCGCCGACACUCACGUCGUCGGCAUGCCAGGUGGAGUGUUCGUGACACGCUCCGUUCGCCGCUUCAGUGAUAAUUUUGACACUGAGCUUGCAGCAAGCUUUGAUGUUUGUGUUUGGGAGCAUGGCCUCUCUUCCAUCGGUGGCAAACUUGUGCUUGGCCGAAAGAAGCCUGCUGCCCCUUCCGCUUUGCCAGUGCCAGCUUAUGUGGGCCCUCCAGACGGUGCAGACAAGCAUGAAGCUGAAGCCGUUGCCCCGCACUCGCCUUCGGACAUUGCCGGCACUGACUCGCCUCCAAGUUUGCCCGUCAGCCCUUCAGUUCCUUCCAGCUCUAUAAGUGAUGAGCAAGUUGAUGAUGAGGUUGCAAACGAGGCGGGGAAUGCUGAUGCCGUGCCCGAAUCCUCUUCUCGAGGAGCGGAGAGCUCCCCAGCGCCAGUGAUCACAGAGCGUCUGGAUUUGAGUGAGAAUCCUAGGCCCUAG